AUGUUCCAAGAUUUGCGUGGAUCAGCGUUGGUUUGGGCCAUCACUCUCUCUUCGGGUUCCUGCUAUGUUCUCUUUGGCUAUGAUCAAGGGGUCUUAGGAGGACUCGUUGCUCAGCCAUCCUUCCUCGAUGCUAUCGGCAACCCCAGCGCCAGUUAUCUCGGGACAAUUGUUGCAUUGUACAACAUCGGCUGCCUUGCUGGCUGUAUGGUUGCUGCGGUGUGGGGCAAUGUGUUCGGGAGACGGAAAACAGUUCUCAUUGGAUGUUCCAUCAUGGUAGUCGGUGCCAUUAUACAAACGGCUACCUAUGGCGCUGGUCAGCUCAUUGCUGGAAGACUUAUCUCCGGCCUGGGAAACGGAAUGAAUACGUCCACAAUACCUGUCUACGUCUCUGAGACGGCCCGGAGUCACCGACGAGGACAGAUGGUGGCCGUGCAGCUCUCGAUCGUGAUUGCUGGCAUUGUGCUCGCUUACUGGAUUGACUACGCGACAAUCCGCACACUCACGGGAGAGGUUGUGUGGCGCUUUCCCAUUGCAUUUCAAAAUGUCUUUGCUUUGAUCACCAUGGCGACCAUGCCGUUCCUCCCUGAAACUCCCCGAUGGUUGUACUCUCACGGUCGAAAAACAGAUGCGGUUACAGUACUGGCAAGGCUCAUGGAUACCACCGAGGACGAUGAGCAGGUUCAGUUCAUCAAGAACGAAAUGGAGGAGGCUCUGGAGCUUGAGAAACAACAACCGAGCUUCAGUAUGAAGCAACUGGGCGAGAAGAGCGAUCUCAAGCCACUACGGCGGCUGGUCCUGUGCUUCAUGGUGCAGUUCUUCCAACAGUUCACGGGCAUUAAUAUCAUCGUCUUCUACGUCACAAUUGUCCUGGAGCAAAACAUGGGGCUAUCCAGCGAAACCAGCAGCCUCGUCGCUGGUUUCAUCCAGAUUGCCUUUUGGGUUGGAACUCUACCUCCGAUUUAUUACCUGGACAAGUAUGGUCGCCGGCCCACCCUCUUGAUUGGCUCCGUUAUCCUGCUUAUCUCGCUUGUACUGUUCACGGCCGGCAUCGCAGUCAACACCGACUCCUCCAACAACCUGGCGUUGGCGAUGCUCAUCCUCUUUCAGAUAACCUUCGGCAUGUCUUGGAAUGCUACGCCCUGGAUAUAUGCGCCUGAAAUCACCCCACUCCAGCUCCGUCACGUAGGUUCAGCUGUGGGACCCUUUUCUGAGUGGCUCUGCACAUUUAUAAUUGUGCAAAUGACACCGACAGCAGUCGAGCACACCGGCUGGAAGAUAUAUCUUUUGUUCGUUAUCCUGACUGCUCUGAGCAUUCCUUUUGUCUACUUCUUCCUACCGGAGACCACCAAGAUGACGCUGGAAGAGAUUGACUAUAUUUUCGUCAAGGACGAAGCUCGAGAACGCCUCCAUGACAGAGUUCAAGAGAUGGGAAGACGAAACUCGCGUCCCGGGAAGUCAGAGAAGAAUGCAGGAGUUACAGACAACUGA